AUGAGAAUGAGGCCGGACAGAAGAAUAGAGAGGCUGGUGCUGCUGCCGUUCACCAUGGGAUGCGUCUCGGAAUCCAGCGUCGCCCUCGCCCACCACCACCACCACACAAGAAGAAGAAGAUCAGCAUCAGCAUCUACUGCUGCUGCCCCAACGGACACCACUCGCUCGAAAAGCAGGAGGAGGAGGGAAAUGGAUGACGACGAGGAGAGCUUGUCAAGCACCGAUAGCAGUGACGACUCCAAGAGCAGUACAAGCUCGUCGUCAACAUCUCCCUCCUCCAACAUAUCCGCUCGCUUCCAUCGGAUUCUGCGGACUGUCAAGUCCACCUUCGUGUACAAAGAAGAAGACGAUGGAGAGGAUGAAAUGGAGAUUGGGGUGCCGACGGACGUGAAGCAUGUCACCCACAUUGGCUGGGAUGAUGACGACAUCGUCGGAGCAGCAUCAGCUGCAAUAACAUCGUCGACGAUCACCGCUACAACGAAUGCAGCAACACGUGUCAAUAACCCAACGGAGAUUGAGCAUCAUGAUCGUCAGGUCAGCAGCGGCUGCAGGGACAGCAACAAUCCGAUCACCACCGACGGCCAUUACCAACCUCAUCAGCAACUUCGUCAGCUGCUGAUGUGUCACCAUCAUCGUCGUCCUCGUCCUUCUUCUUAUGAGGAUCAGAUUUGCAUUGAUACCCUAGCUGAAGCCGGUCCAGUACUCCCCCGCCGGCAGCUUUCCGUCAUCUCCCCUUCCUCCGCCUCCACCUGAUUCAUCAUCAUCGCCGCCAUAUUUGUCUGAACAUUUUUCAUUCAUCAUCAUUUACCUAAUGUAAAUAUGUAAACAGUUUUGGAAAGAAGAAUCUUCAGUCAUAUUAAAUCAUAUAUACAACC